AUGGACAUUGAACGAAACCUUCGUAACAAUGCCAUGCAGUACAUGGCUAUGGAGUACAUUUACAGCAGCAUGUACGGGGCAGUGUACAGUGUCUGUACGUGGCCUCGACUCCUGCUCAGCUAUUUACUAGGAGUACUGGGCUUUAUUGACAAGAAGACCGGAGAUGGCGAUACGGGGGGAGGACCCGUGCCACAAAAAGAGAGCACUCCGAUGCAGACCAUGGCGGUAUCCGCGUCGCAAUCGGCGGCCAUUGGAGUAUCCAGUGGAGUCAUGGCGGCCACCAGUCCGGCUGCUGCCGGAGCAUCCUCUCUCGCCGCUGCUGUGUCUACCGUUUCCUCCCUAUCGACGCCGGCCCAGAUUGGGAUUGCCGUGGCAGCCGCUGCCACUCUGGCGGCUACGACGGCGGGCAUUGCGGCCCUCGCCGCCAGCAAUAGCAACGCCUGCAGCUCCACCGACAUGAAACAAGGGGUCGUGCAAAUGGCGUUUGCUUCCAACAGUACUACUGGCAGUGACACAACGACUCUCCUAUUAGAGAACCAACAAGACUUGGAAGAUAUCUUUGCCCAAGUCUACAACAAUGUCACGGCAAAUGCGACAGCCGAUUCCAUCGUUGAUCGAUGCGACAGUCCCUACAUUCCAACCGAUGGAGUCAAGUUGAUGCAGGUCGAGUCCAUUGACGGGGAAAAUUUUACCAAUACCUAUUGGGUCACGGACGUUCAGUGCAAUGGAUGUUCCGAUAAAGACCCCCUUUUUGGCACCAACAACGGCGACGACAGCAGUAUCCCCAUGGAUGACGCAUUAUUCAAUGAUUUUGUGGACGAGUUCACACAAGCAAUACAACCCGUGUUGGUCCCAGAGACGAGUCAAAACGCCGAUACAACAAACGGCCAAAUUCCUGGUGGCGUCGAGCAGCAAGAACCACCACCAGUCACCAUUCCAUUUGUAGCGUUGGUGGAUCCCGUCACGGGAGAGACACUUCCAGAGCAACCACGGCGAACAUCAGAUACCAUUGAAUUGUUGCCAGAACUGGAUACUGUUUGGAAUGGAAAUAAUCCAGAGCAAGACCGACUCGUUGUACCAGGGCCAAGCACUGUAGCGGCAACACCUGCUGCUUCGACUCCUGCUGAUGCGUCGACUCCUGAUGCAACGACUCCUGCAUCGACAUUGUCAAACCCUACAGCCAAUGCUCAGCCGGGGGCAGUACCUGAUCAGCCGGGGGCAGCACCCGGUCCACCGGGACCAACGUCUGGUGCAGACACCCCUCCUGGAACACCAGCUACACCCGAUGGCCCUGCCCAAGACCAAAACACUCCUGCCGCAAGUGUUCCAUCAGUAAUGGCGUCAAGUCCCAAUGCAGCGCCUUCUAUUGUAAUAGCUGGCCCGCCCAAUCAGGGACCAUCGUCGUCAAUGGCUAGUCCAACAACCAUUGCUACCCAGCCGGGUUUAGCUGCCGCCAAUCCUACUGUUGUUGUUGGCAAUCCCAGUGGAAAUGGCGCCAACUUGCCACCACCUGCAGCCACGAGUUCUUCUUUUCCCUCCAGCAAUCCCGAUCAAGUUUCAGGCAGUGAUAACCAACAACAACAGCCAGCAGGAGAACCAAGUCUCCAAACCAACCCACUGCCAACAUCAUCAGGGAAUGGCAACCCGGGAAAAUCCCCAUCUGUGGUGCCUCCUCCUAAUGCUGGUCGGCCCAACAUGGCACCCUCCAGAAACCAAGAUACCACCAAUUCGGUGCCCGGUACUCCUGGGUUUCCUACUGGUAGCAUCGGUGGUUCCCAACCCCAAUCACCAGGUCAAAUUCCUUCCUCCUCUUCUGUACCGGGAUUGCCAUCUACUCCAGCAAGACCCAGCGCUGAUAUGCAAUCACCCGCAGGAAUCCUCUCAAGUGGGGCACCUAAUCUGCCGUCUGCAAUUGUCAUUGUGUAUUCUGGACCAUCUCCUGCAAAUGAUGCACCAAACGGCAACCCCCAAUCUUCACCAACCUCUGUUUCGGCAGCAGUUGUUUCACCACCAGCCUUCUUGUCAACCACUACAUCAACAGUUCCAACAAUUGCUCCCACAAGAGCAACGCUUUCCGCAGAGACAUGCGCUGCCCUGCAAAUGUUUGGAUCCCAUGCAUCAUCGGGAGCUUGUAGCAACAUCAAUAAUGGAGGCAGCAGCAGUCCAAACUCUUUGUCUCCCAAUACACUUAUUCCAGCUCCUACCAAUCCUACAGUGCAACCACAAAAUACACCACAAAAAACACUUGCACCAGCUACAAUAAAAGCUUUGAACGAAUAUACCCAGAGAGCCGAUACUCCAGUACCAACCAGGUUGACCCAAUCAGAACCCUCAUCUAUCGCUGCGAGCAGAACAACUACAAACCCAACAGCAAUGCCCGUAACAGAUGCUCCUACACCUGAACCAACCCCUGAACCCACAGAAACUCCCACUUUAGCACCCACAGAAGAACCAACAAAUAACCCAACCAAUAGCCCCACAAAUGAACCAACAACUCAGCCCACUGAAGACCCAACACCAAUCCCAACCAUAGACCCCACAAAUUUCCCAACAAGCAAUCCCACACCUGCUCCCACAAAUCAGCCUGAAGUGCCCCAUCAGGCAGCAUCUUUAAUUCUUCCCUUUCCUUCAGUUGCGCCAUCACAAGGUUUGGAUUGGAUUUCUGGGUUUAUGCUGGUUGAUGCUGAUUCAGGGGUUGAUAUUGGUGAAAUUACAGACGGUAGUGUCAUUGACCUUGGUGAUGUGUACGGGUCUUCAGUACAAGAUCGAAAGAAGAAAGUCCGACAUCUUCAAACUGUUACUAACCCAACAAAUUUGAACAUUAGGGUUGUCUCGAACCCAUCAACCCUGGACAGUGUCGACUUUUUCGAAAAUGGCAACUUCACACGAACUGAAACUUCAGCCCCUUAUGCUCUUGCAGGGAAGACUCCCGUCGGAAACUACCUUGCAAGCCGCACAUUGUCAACUGUAGCUUCAUCUCUUCUCCUCAAGGCAGUACCCACUCUUAAUGGCGUUGUGGGAACACCUCUCGAAAUCACCGUCUCUGUUGUGUCUGCCAUCACAAACACCCCAACCAGCCCCAGUGCCGGCCAGUCUCCUACAGGAAAUCCUACCAAAGCGCCUACAAAGGCCCCAACGGCUCCUACAAAAGCACCUUCACAAGCACCCAUUAUGCCGGGAGCACCCACAAAAGCACCAACUGUGGCUCCAGCUCCAACUAAGGCUCCCACGAAAGCACCAACGGAGACACCUACAAAAGCUCCAACUGUGGCUCCCACAAAAGCACCUUCACAACCACCCAUUAUGCCGGGAGCACCCACAAAAGCACCAACUGUGCUCCAGCUCCAACUAAGGCUCCACGAAAGCACCAACGGAGGCACCUACAAAAGCUCCAACUGUGGCUCCACAAAAGCACCUUCACAAGCACCCAUUAUGCCGGGAGCACCCACAAAAGCACCAACUGUGGCUCCAGCUCAACUAAGGCUCCCACGAAAGCACCAACGGAGACACCCACGAAAGCACCAACCGAAACACCUACAAAAGCUCCAACGAAGGCUCCAACGAGAUCACGACACAGGCACCGAUUACGCGGGAGCACCACAAAAGCCCUACAAAAGCCCUACAAAAGCACCAACUGCACCGAUUAUGCCAGGAGCACCCACAAAAGCCCCUUCGAAGGCACCUACAAAAGCACCUACUGUGGCUCCAGCACCAACUAAGGCCCCACCAAAUCACCGACACAAGCACCAACUCGGGCUCCCACAAAAGCACCUACAAAACACCAACAGUGGCUCGGCUCCAACUAAGGUCCCAACAAAAUCACGACAAAGCACCAACUCGGCUCCCACAAAAGCACCUACAAGCACCAACGUGGCUCCGGCUCCAACUAACGCCCCAACAAAAGCACCGACACAAGCACCCAUUAUUGCAGGAGCACCUACGAGAGCACCAACAAAGGCUCCCACAAAAGCACCUACCGUGGCUCCAGCACCUACCAAGGCACCUACCAAGGCACCUACUAAAAAACCGACCAAAGCACCUACUAAAGCUCCACCAAAGCCCCCACAGCACCCACAAAAGCACCUUCCAAAGCACCAACAAAGCUCCCACCAAAGCCCCAACCAAGGCACCACAAGGCACCACCAAAGCCCUAUAAAGCUCUACAAGGCAACAAAGCACCAACAAAGCACCUACCAAGGCACCUACAAAAGCCCCAACCAAAGCACCUACCAAGGCCCACAAAGCACCUACCAAGGCACCCACAAAGCACCAACCAAGCACCCACCAAAGCCCAACCAAGGCACCCACAAAGCACCAACCAAGCACAACAAGCACCCACCAAAGCACCACCAAAGCCCCAACCAACACCUACUAAAGCCCAACCAAAGCUCCAACUAA